CUUCCCAAGCCCUGGCACGGCCUCAGCCCCACUGACGGCACCGUGCUCCUCCCGCAGCCCGACGGCACCAGCGCACCACUGGAGAUAGUGCUGCUGGACAAGGUGUCCACAGGCUUCCCUGGUGUGGUGCAGCUGCUGGAAUGGUUUGAGCUCCCCAACUACAUCGUGAUGGUGCUGGAGUGCCCAGAGCAGUGUCAGGACCUGCAGCGUUUGAUUCGGGCACAUAGGUUCCUGUCUGAGGAAGAGGCGCGGGAGCUGUUCCGGCAGGUCCUGGAAGCCGUGCGGCACUGCACCAGCUGCGGGGUCCUGCACCGAGACAUCAAACCAGAGAACAUCCUGGUUGACCUGGACACUGGCCAGGCAAAGUUGACGGACUUCGGCUGUGGCACCUACCUGCAGGAGACAGCCUACACUCAAUUUGCAGGAACACCAUCAUACAGCCCCCCGGAAUGGACCGACUUCGGGUGGUACCAUGGCGAGGCAGCAACCGUCUGGACCCUGGGCAUCCUGCUGCAUGGGAUGGUCUGCGGGGAGCACCCUUUCAGGAGGGGCAGGAACAUCAGCUGGGCCCAGCUCCCGCUGCUACAAUGGCUCUCCCAGGGUGGAUCCUCAUCUCUGGAUCUGCUCUGAUCAGGUGGUGUUUAUCCCUGCACUCCUUGGACAGGCCCUCA